AUGUUUAAUUUGAUGAAUAUUACAACAGAUAAAGCAAAAUACAAAUUUGGAGAAGAUUCAACUAUAACAGGAAAAAUUUCAUUUGAUCGAAUUAAAGAAGAAUCAUUCACACUUAAAGUUUGGAUUGGCAACCAUGAUCCAUAUCAAAUACUAAAUAAAGAAAGUGGAUCUUCAACAUAUGAAUAUUCAAUAGAUACCCUCUAUUAUUUCUCCACUGGAAAUUAUAUUAUUUCAUCCAGUGUUAUUAAUACAAAUGGUAUUGAAUCAAAUACAGUUUCAGUUGAAUUUGAAUAUGAAGUUUCAUUUUUUCUUAAUUUAGAAGAUCUUGAAAGAAAAGAAUACAACAAAACACUUGAUAAAAAUAUUACAGUCCGAGGAAGUGGAAUUUACUCACAUGGUGAUAUUUCUAUUAACUGCAGUAUUGGAGAUGUAAAUAGUACAUUCAUUGGAAAUAUUAAUAAGAAAUGGAUUACACAUCAAUUUAAUUUGUCAGGUGUUUGUUUGAUUCCAGAUUCUAUUGUAGAAGAAAAAAACUAUUCAGUUACAGUUUGGGCAACUUAUAUAGAUAGUGGAGUAAGUACAGAGUCAAUAACAAAAGAAUUCGAAUUUUAUCGAAAUUAUCCAGUUCUAAGAAUAUCAGAUUCAAUCAAAGAAACAUAUUAUCACAAUGUUGACAAAUUCAUUUCAGUUUCAGGAUUUGUUUCAGAUUAUGAUUGUGAUGAUGAAAUUGAAAUCAAAGGAUAUAUUGAAGGAUAUUCAAAUAGUCAAACAUCACAAAAUAUUUAUAUUCCAGAUUUAAAUAAUCAUUUAUUCGAAAUUAAUAUCCCUAUUCCUGACAACCUUACAACUGUUGAACAUAAUCUUCUUAUUACAUGUUGUGACAAUGUUAAUAAAUGUGAUUCAUUUAACAAAACGUUUUCUUACGAACUAAAUAAACCAGAAAUUAGUAUUGUUAAAUCACCAACAUUCCCUGUUUAUAUUAACAAAGAUAAAAAUCUUGAAUUUGUUCUUUCUGUUUCAGACAAAGAUGGAAACAGUAACAUCAGAAUUUUUCACAUUCUCAACGACACUGAAGGAAACAAUAUCAACAUCAGUCUUUAUGAUGAGAUUACAAAAGAAGUUCCAUAUCCAAUUCCUAUUCCAGAUGAUAUCGAUGUAGGUGAAUGUCAACUUUCUUUUUAUGCAGUAGAUGAAUAUACACUUAUUUCAAAUAUAGAAGACAUUAAUGUAACAUUUUCAAAAUAUACAUAUGAUGAAUCUAUCGAAGAUCAAAACCAUAAAAAACUAAAUAAAAAACCAAUCAAAUAUUCACCAUUCUUUUUUGUUCCCCUUCAUGAGUUUUAUAAACAUUUCUACUUUAAUCGCAAUAAAUUAAAAACAGCAGCUUGA